AUGGCGGCGGGGUCGGCGCGGAAUCGCCGGGUCUUCCUCAACCAUCUUGACUCUUACUGCGGCCUCAGCGUCGGCGAGUAUUUAUCCAGAUGUAUUGUUGGGGCGUCGCUUGAAAGCAUUGGAGAAGAGGAGGAGGAGAAUGAGGAGGAGGCGGAAAAUGAAAAAAAUUCAUCUGCUGAAGUUUCUAGUGGGCCAAAGGAAGGAGUCUACCAAAUAGUGGGUACCCUUUCUAAACCAGAGAGUGCUAAACCGUGUUUUGCAGAGGAAACGUAUGCAAACUCUUCACAAGAAGAGCUCUUAAGUCACCUGCUUGAGUGUGAGAUUGUAUUGUACAACAUCACUGAGGAUGCAAAUCAGAUUGAAGAAGCAACAUGGGCUGCUUCUGCCUUACAUAUGGAAAUAGAGCAUUUUGCAACACCAAAGUUAUUCAUCCUCAUUUCAACAAUAAUGAGCUGGGCAAACAGCAAACCACCUGACCCUGAAGAUCCUGAGAUUCCUUUUACUGAUGAAGAUUAUCGCAAAAGAAAAUCUCAUCCUAACUUUAUGGAUCACAUAAAUGCUGAAAAACUUGUUCUCAAACUUGGGAAAACUAACAAACGUAAAUUUUCAACUUACGUUGUUGCCUCGGGACAUCAAUAUGGAGCUGGAGAAGGAGUCUUGCACUACUUUUUUAAGACAGGUUGGCUUAGUGAGACUCCUGCAAUACCUGUUUUUGGAGAUGGAAACAAUUUUAUUCCAACCAUUCAUGUUGUUGAUUUAGCAGCGGUGUUACAAAAUAUAGCAGACCACAGGCCAAAGUCUCACUAUGUACUUGCAGUAGAUGCAUCUAUGCACACCCUUCAAGAAUUAAUUAAGUGUAUCAGUAAAAAUGUUGGACCAGGAAAAAUUGAGAAUAUUCCAAAAGAAAAUGCAUUUCUGAGCAAAGAGUUAACACAAAUGCAUUUGGAUAUGUUGCUUGUGAAUCUGCGAAUGGAAUCUAUGUUUCUGAAUGAGACUUUUAACAUUAAGUGGGUUGCUCAGGGAGGACUGGUGGAGAACAUUGAACAAAUUGUCAAGGAAUACAAGCAAAGUCGAGGAUUACUGCCUCUUAAAGUUUACAUUCAUGGUCCUCCUGGGGUUGGCAAAUCUACCAUUGCUGAAGAGCUCUGCAGGCACUACAAACUACAUCACAUUAAGAUAAACAAUGUGAUUUCUGAAACAAUAGCAAAUCUGGAGAAAAUUGUGGCUCCUAAAGAAACAGACUCUGACCAAGUGGAAGAAAAUGGAGAAAAUAAUGAAGAAGAGGAGGGUAUAAAUGUAGAAGAGGCACAUGAAUUGUUAUCUACAGUAAAAGAAAACAUGAAGCAGAAUGCAGGUCAUCUAGAUGAUCAGUACAUUGUUCAAUUUAUAAAGGAUAAGCUCAAAUCUAUGCCUUGUAGGAAUCAGGGGUAUGUUUUAGAUGGGUUCCCAGAGACCUAUGACCAGGCAAAAGAUCUUUUUAUCUUGGAAAGUGAAAAUGAAGAAGAAACCAAAAGCAAAAUACCUAAAUUUGAUAAAUUAACCAUACCUGAAUUUGUUAUUUCUUUGACUGCAUCUGAUGAAUUCCUUAUAAACAGAAUAAUUAAUCUGCCAGAGAGAAUUGUUGCUGGAACUCAUUAUACCCAGGACCAGUUUCUACAGUCCCUGAGUCUCUUCAGAGAGUUAAACACAGAUGAUACAACUGUUCUCAACUAUUUUGAUGAACUUGAAAUACACCCUCAGUUUAUUGAUGUAGCCAAAUUUGAAGAUCCUGAAAACAGAUUUAUUGUAAAAGAGAUCAUCAAAGAUAUUGGAGAACCUCGGAAUUAUGGUUUGACAGAUGAAGAAAAGGAGGAACUGGAACACAAGGCAGCUGAGGAACGAAUUGCCAAAGAAGCUCAAGAAAAAGCUGAACAAGAGCGUAAAGAAGCUAAGGAAAGAGCUGAAAGAAUGGCAAAUUGGGAAGAGUGGAAUAAAAAUCUGGAGGAAGUGAAAAGACAAGAACAAGAGUUAUUGGAGGCCCAGUCCAUUCCACUACGUAACUAUUUAAUGAAGAAUGUCAUGCCAACGCUUAUGCAAGGGAUAAAUGAAUGCUGUAGGAUCAGACCAGAUGAUCCUGUCGAUUUUCUGGCAGAAUUUCUCUUCAGGAACAGUCCUGGUACCAAAUGA